AUGGUGUACCAAGACCAUCUCACCAAAUUAUGCAUUCUUCGUCCUCUUCAAACCAAACGUGCUGCAGAGGUUGCCUUCCAGCUUGUAGAUAUCUUCCUUCUCAUGGGUGCCCCUGCUGGUCUUCAAAGUGAUAAUGGCUCAGAGUUCACAUCCAGGGUAAUUACUGAGCUAAAGGAAAUAUGGACAAGUCUUACCAUGGUUCAUGGGAAGCCCGUCAUCCACAAAGUCAGGGUUCUGUGGAACGUGCGAAUGGUGACAUUAAGGAUAUGGAUAAAGUGCUCUCCAUACUCUGCUAUGUUUGGUUGUGAAGCCAGAGUUGGCCUGACUUCUUCACCUCUACCCACAGAAGUUGUCUCAAGGUUGGAGAGUGAGGAUGAUCCCAUAGCAGUUAUUCGCUUAAACUUUGAAGUUGGUAAACCUGGUGACAAUUCUGCUGUCCCAAUUCCAGCUGUGGAUCGUGGUAGAGGAGACCCGCGGAAUAUCCUGAGUGUUAUUGUCAGCAGACAAUGA